GGAAACCGGCUUGCCUGCAGCAGAGAAAACGGCGGGGAGUAGGGGAGACUACAGUUUGUUUUCCAUGUUGCCGAAAUCGGAACAAAUCCGUGGCUUUAUCAAUGAUCGACUGCCUGUAAAGGAGAUGUCGAACAAGAAGCACGUGCUGCUGAGUAUCGUGCUGGGCGGGGCGUACAUCCUUUACUUUGCGUCCGUCAUGGUCAUCAAAACUAAAAUCGAGGAUACGGAUUACUGGUGUGAUGCAGACGGUUUACUUAUCAUUCUGACAACACUGGUGGGAUUAGGACUCCUGUAUUUUAAGGUACUCAAACCUCUACUAGGCAAGAAAUUCACAGAAGCCGUCGUCAAACCGUGCAGUCGAAUACUCAGUCCAUUCAUACACAGUCGGUUCGCAAGACUUAUCGGGUACUUGCUGGUGGCGGCGGUGAUCGUCGUGGUGGUGGUGGUCGACUCCUGGAACGACCAAAUACGAAUGCAGAGCCUCCUUGGCAUGGUCGUGCUGCUGCUGCUCGGUUUCCUCUUCUCGGCGGCGCCGCGGAAGGUGCGAUGGCGCCACGUGGCCUGGGGGAUGGCGCUGCAGUUCCUCCUGGGCCUGCUGAUCCUGCGCUGGUCCGUAGGGCGCGCCGUGUUCCAGUGCGUGGCCGGGAAGGUGACCACGUUCCUCGCCUUCACCGACGAGGGGUCCAGCUUCGUAUUCGGAGAGCUCGUGUCCGAAAAGGGGAUCUUCGCUUUUUCGGUGCUCUCAGUGAUCCUGUUCUUCAGUUUCUGUGUGCAAAUCCUGUACUACUGGGGCGUCAUGCAGUGGGUCGUCAUCAAGUUAGGCUGGGUCCUGCAGGUCACCAUCGGCACCACCGCCUGCGAGAGUGUCAACGCCGCUGCCAACAUCUUCCUCAGCCAGACCGAAGCCCCCCUGCUAAUCAAGCCGUACCUGCCGCUUAUGACCAAGUCGGAGCUGCACGCUGUCAUGACGGGCGGCUUCGCUACCAUCGCCGGCUCCGUCCUGGCCGCCUACAUCUCCUUCGGCGUCGACCCCGCCCACCUCAUCUCCGCCUCCGUCAUGAGCGCCCCCGCCGCACUUGCCUACGCUAAGCUCUUCUACCCGGAGACUGAGGAGUCGAGGACGACCACCAGUGACAUCCAAAUCGAGAAAGGUGAGGAGACGAACUGGCUGCACGCCGCCAUGGUGGGUGUGACCAACGCCAUCCCGCUCGUGGCCAACAUCGCCGCCAACCUCAUCGCCUUCUACGCCUUCAUCGCCCUCUGCAGCCACGUCUUUGACUGGACCUGCGUGCUAGCCGGCGCCGAGGAGGGCCAGUGCUCGCUCGAGUCAUUGUUCGGGUGGAUCUUCAUGCCUCUGGCGUGGUUGAUGGGCGUGCAGUGGGCGGAGUGCGACAAGGUGGGCGAGCUGGUGGCGCUCAAGACGAUCGUGAACGAGUUUGUGGCUUAUGCGCGGCUGGAGGAGAUGCUCGAGGCUGGGGAGCUCUCGAAACGCGCCGAGAUCAUCGCUACGUACGCCCUGUGCGGCUUCAGCAACUUCAGCUCCAUCGGCAUCAACCUGGGCGGCUUCGGCGCCAUGGCCCCCGAGAGGAAGGCCGACCUCGCCAAGGUCGUCGUGAGGGCCAUGAUUGCCGGAAGCGCGGCCUGCUUCCUCACUGCCUGCGUAGCCGGAACACUUAUCAGCGACCUUCCCGAGAACUAAAGCAGACGAAACAAGGGCUCUUGUGCUUAAAAAAAAAAAACGACAAUGCUCUUAGGCAGCUGCAGACAAUUGUUGAUAGUUUCUACAGGGAAGAUUUUUUUUCUCAUAACAUAAAACAAACUAUUAUUAUUGUUAACAUUAUCAUUAAAGAUGAUGUGGCUAUUAUUUUCAAUUUACUGUUAUUAAUUCAUCUUAUUGUUACUGUAGUGAAAUAGGUGUUUACUUAAUCAGUAAUCAAUGGCUUCUCUAGGGAGUAACUAAGAUCAGACCCUGUAUUGUUAGUUAGCUUAGUUAGUUAGUUAGCGCACUCGUCCGAAUACGUCCGAAUUCCCCGUCUCGCCUUUCUUAGGAAUUGAGGGUCAAUCUGAUGGUCGCACUUUUGUAACUUUAGAGUUGGUUCUUCUUUUUUUCUUCUCUUAUAGGUUUUUAGACUCUUGGGGGCAUUUCCUUCAGGAGGAAUGCCCGGGAAACGGUAGGAGGGAUUAUCGCGUGAGAGGGGGAGCAUCGGGUCGGACGGGCGCGACGAGUAACACGUGGGCUGAAUAGCAAGGGCUCAGAGGUGUAUCCCGUGUUGACAGGAGGGCUUAGUGUUGACUGUGAACUAUUGUUUUUGUACGAGAUAUUGUGGCCUGAUCUCAAUAAAGCCUCUUAAUGAA